AGAUGUACAAAAUCAAUAUAUGAAAAUUGAAAAGUUUAUGCAAUGGUUGCUAAGAAUGUUUUCAUUGUUGCCAUUGUAUUUUUUGGAUUUUCUGACGAAAGAUCUGUUGAAAAACUGCCUGACAAUAAAAGAAAUGUUUUUGAUGAAUCAGUACAUGGAUACUUAAUGGAGAGAACUUGUUGGUGGAAUGAAGUUUGUAAAGAAGAGUUUCAAUAUCUGUUUCGUUGUCGUUGCCCAUCUUGGUCAUUCUGUAGGGCUCCAGGGCGAUAUUAUAAUGCCUACUGUGCAAUGAGUGCCACCGGCUACAUUUGGUCACAGCCAGAAAUGGGCAGUGAAAUUCGCCAAAAGAAAAGCUUAGUUACAGUAGACGAGAAAAAGUCUAUUGACAAUAAAACAACCUUGACUUAGGACUUUGUUCAGAUUCUAACCAUCCAUGAAUUGUAUUGUUCAAAUAGUUGUUUAGAAAUGUCUUAAGUUGUUGAUGUGAUGGUAGAAAAUGUUGAAAAAUUUUUAAUAAUAAUAAUAAAGGUUUUAUGUACAUCUUUUAUAAAUUAUUGGCUAUUGGACCAGACAAAUAUAAUUGCA